CCUAAUAAACACUAAAGACUGGAACUCGGGUGCUUACGAGGAAAACGGCAACAAAUCUGACAACAAACGGAGAAAGUCUGCCUUUCAGCUUUUAAGAGACUGUUUUAUUAAUCGUCAGUUUUCCACAACACGGGAAAGGCUUCGGUUUAUAUCUCCAGCUCCGCAUCAUGUCCGCAGACCUGGAUCUUUCUGCUCCGGAGGUUCCCGAGCCCGCUUUCUUCGAGAGUCUCCUGCGUUAUGGAUUAUUUCUUGUUGCCAUUUUCCAGCUCAUCUGUAUUUUAGCUCUAAUCAUACCCACAGCCAAGAGCCACGACCAGGUGGAGCCGUCGGAGCCGGCUGAUGCUCGCAGCUCUGAGCAGAACCGAAAGCCAAAGGGACCUGUUCAACAGAUCCGACAGAAAGUGAAAAAGGAGAGCAAGAAGAAGAGAUAGAGAGUGUGGACGGUGACUGCGUGUGCGUUUCUGAUAAACUCACUAAUGAUAGAUUCACUUACAGCAUUAGAGGACGCGGAUCGAACGAGAGCCUCAGCCGUUAGUUCAUCUGCUCGGAGUUUGGAUUUUGCCAUGUCUUUCAAAACAGUGUUUUUUAUAUCAAUUUAUGUAUGUAUCAUUGUUUUUGAGUAAUCUUUGGUGUUAUUUUUUAUGCCAAUUUUAAGUACAUUCAUCUGAAUAAACUGAUGACCAUUUAUUCUGCUCGUUUCUUUCUGUUGUGGUGAUUAUACUUUUUAGUAAA